AUGACAAAAGUUUAUUUAUUUGCUGGCACAUUGCUUUUACUUGUACUUCUCGUCAGCAAUGUGCAAACGGAUCGCGCCAGACGAUCAAAUAAUGAUCUCAAAAAAGUUGCAUCGGCUAUCAACGGUGCUCUGAGGUUGCGCUACGGGAAACGAUCAGAUGACUCUGAGCUGUUCAAUAAAAUCAUCCUACCGCAAGAAGAAAACAAACUUUCACCACUUGCUGAUCGAGUUGUUGCAUCACUGAACGAAGCAGAACGACUUAGAUUUGGCUGA